AUGAGUGAAAAUGUAGAUUUACUUGAUACAUUAUGCCGAACAUGUUUAAAACCAACGGUCAAGAAGUAUACUCUGACUGGAAAAUUGAAAAAUUUGGAGGUUACUAUCGCCGAUAUGUUGGAAUUUUGUACAUCUAAACUAAUACCCAUAAGAGAAGAUUUACCAGAAAAUAUUUGUACGUUUUGUUAUAACACUAUUAGAGUAGCGUAUGAAUUUUUUAGACAGUUUAACAAUGCUCAAGACCAAAUAAAUACAAUUAGGCAGAUUCUGCUUAAAGAACAAGUCGUCAGUGAUCAUAAUUACGAAACUGAAGAAUUUGAAUACGAUUUGCUUACAGAGGAAAGAGCACAUAAUGAUGAGGAAAUUGUAUUCACAGAAAAAAGUGAAAUAGACAACCUAGAACACAAUCAAGAGGAAAAAAUAGAAACUAUUGUAAGUAAAUCAAAUUUAGAUACAUCAGAUAUAGAACUAACAGUUAUAUUCGAAAACAGAGAAAAUAUAGAUGAAAAAUUAUUUCCUUAUAUUUGUCCAAUUUGUGCUACUAAAUAUUCUCGUAUAGAACAAUUUCACAAACAUAUUAUUGAACACAAUUGUAGUAUAAUAACGUGUUCACGUUGCCAAGCAAAACCUGAAUAUGAAAUAGCUGAUUAUAUCAUACAUUAUAAAGAAUUUCAUAAAUUACAAUGCAACAUUUGCAACAAGAGAAUGGCAUCAGCGUUCGGGUAUAAAUAUCAUAUGAAAACGCAUAUCCAUUUUAAUGGUUACAAAUGUCCAAUAAAAAACUGCUACAGAUCUUUCCUUCUAAGGCAUUUACUGAGAAAACACAUAAAAAACCAUUACCAACCAACAGUUUUUCCUUGUCACCUUUGUUCUUCUACCUUCAAUAAUAGAGACACUCUAAGAUACCACAUUAAAAAACACUCUAAUAAGAAGGAUCACCUUUGUACAGUGUGUGGUAGGACCUUUUAUAUGGCAGGACAUCUUAAGGAUCACAUGUACAGACAUUCAGGGUUUAAAAAAUUCCUUUGCAAUAUGUGUAAUAAAAGAUUUACCAGAAGUACUAGUCUAAAGAAACACAUUGUUCGUUGUACUAAAAAAAAAUCUAAUUCUUGA